AUGAGCCGAUCACACCCCCAUCCCAUCCAACUCCGAUCCAUGGGCUCCGAGGAUGCCCUGGCUGCCCUGCCGCCACAACCUGCUGUCCAAAAUCCCUCCUCCCACUCUUGGGCCUCUCUAUGUGGACCUCCUCCCUGGCGCCUCAGCUGUCUUCUGGCUUUGCAGCAUAUCUUGGUCCUGGCUUCUCUGCUCUGUGCCUCCCACCUGCUUCUGCUUCGAAGUCUCCCCGCAGGGGGACUCUCUUAUUCCCCUGCCCACCUCCUGGCCUCCAGCCUCUUUUCAUGUGGUGUGUCUACCACCCUGCAAAUUUGGAUGGGCAGCAGGCUGCCUCUUGUCCAGGUUCCAUCCUUUGAGUUCCUUGUCCCUGCUCUGGUGCUGACCAACCAGAAGCUGCCUCUGGCCAUCCAGACACCUGGAAACUCCUCUGACUUGCCGCACCUGUGUGAGGGGCCUGGCUGCCAUAGCCUGGAGCUCUGGAACACUUCUCUCAGAGAGGUAUCCGGGGCAGUGGUGGUGUCUGGGCUGCUGCAAGGCAUGCUGGGACUGUUGGGGGCUCCUGGCUACUUGUUCCUUCACUGUGGGCCCCUGGUGCUGGCCCCCUGCCUGAUCGUGGCAGGGCUCUCUGCCCACAGGGAGGUGGCCCUGUUCUGCUCAGGUCACUGGGGGCUGGCCUUGCUCACCUGGGCUCCUGCCAGUUACUCCCAUGCCGCUGGAGGUCAGCUUCCACCUCUUCAACUUGCGCUCACAUCCCUGCCUUCCGGCUCCUCUCGCUGUCUGCCCCCACUGAGGCACCCUGGUUUUGGCUGCCUCACCCAAGCUGGAUCUCUGCGAGUAGCCCACUUGGUGGGGCUGCUCUGUGUGGGGCUUGGGCUCUCCCCGAGGCUGGCCCAGUUCCUCUUCACCAUCCCGCUGCCUAUUCUUGGUGGGGUGCUGGGUGUGACCCAGGCUGUGGUUCUGUCUACUGGAUUCUCCAACUUCCACCUGGCUGACAUUGACUCUGGGCGGAAUGUUUUCAUUGUUGGCUUCUCCAUCUUCAUGGCCUUGCUGCUGCCAAGAUGGCUUCGGGAAGCUCCAGUCCUGCUGAGCACAGGUUGGAGUCCCUUGGAUGUGUUACUUUGCUCGCUGCUCACAGAGCCCAUCUUCCUGGCAGGACUCUUGGGUUUCCUCCUAGAGAACACCAUUCCAGGCACACGGAUUGAGCGAGGCCUUUGUCAAGGGUUACCAUCCCCUUUCACUGCCCAAGAGGCUCAGAUGCCUCAGAAGUCCAGAGAGAAGGCUGCUCAAGAGUAUGAGCUUCCUUUUCCCCUCCAAAACCUGUGUCCCUGCAUCCCUCAGCCUGUCCGUUGCCUCUGCCCACUGCCUGAAGACCCUGGGAAUGAGGAAGGAGGGCCCGCAGAGCCAGGAGAGACAGCCAACUUGCUGCCUGGUUUGGGGGAGCAAUGCCCCAGGUCUAGCAGAGAAGAACUUAGGUCCCAUUAAUUCCAGGACUCAUACUUCUGCCCUGGUUAGAUAGCCUUAUCUCCUUAUCUCCCAGCUUGCUGGAGAAUCAGCUCCCAGGCUCUGCUUUCUCCUAGGGAGUGUGUGGGUGUGUAUGUGUAAACUGGGCCCUUCUUGUUUCCUAAUAGGUGUGUUGCCUUUCCUCCUUUUAAUUAGGCCCAACUGUUCCAGAGCAGGGGGCCAUG